UUGACUUCAAGGCUCAUGGAGGAUCUUCUAUUCCCAGGACAGCAGGUACCAAAGAUUUUCUUCCACGACGUAAAAAACCCCAAAGCUAUAAAUGUGCAGGUGUGUGCACUCCUGUUUCCCAAGCCCGUGCCUCCGUACUGCUCCACCUCUGAAAAUCAGGGCAAAGGAACGCAGAAGAGUGUUUUGGGGCAGCAAUUUCUGAGCGUGGAGAAGUUGCUGUGUUGUCUCCUCUUCAGCUGGAGGAGGUCAAGGCCAUCGCUGUUGCAGACCCUUGCAAAGAUUUGCUUCACAGGUCAGUCAGCAAUGGCUGCAGCAGAAAUUCCCAGUUACAUUGUCUCUUCUCAGACUGAGAAACACAGGAGGGCCAGAAACUGGACUGAUGCAGAAAUGAGAGGUUUAAUGCUGGUCUGGGAAGAAUUUUUUGAUGAACUGAAACAAACUAAAAGGAAUGCCAAAGUUUAUGAGAAAAUGGCUAACAAACUCUUUGAAAUGACGGGAGAAAUUCGCCACGGAGAGGAAAUAAAGAUAAAAAUUACAAAUAUGACAUUCCAGUACAGGAAAUUAAAAUGCAUGACUGACAGUGAAACUGUUGCACCUGACUGGCCUUACUACAAAACCAUUGAUAGGAUCUUAUCCAAAGUGACAGACCACAGUGAUGUGAAAAUGCAUGAAAAUCAGCAACCAGGUCCUUCUACAUCACAGACAGAGGCCUCGCAGUCACCAUCAGCUAAGUCUACACCUCUGUAUUUGCCAUAUAAUCAGUUUACAUACGAAGGAAGGGAAGAGUGCUUUGAAGAUGAACAUUCAGAGAGCUCAUCAAGCUUACUUUCUUACAAGCUGAGAACUGAAGAAAGACCAGUUAAGAAAAGGAAAAUGCAAAGCUGCAGCUUUCAAAAGAAGAAGCUAAAAUUAAUGGAGGCUAUGUUGGAAGAACAAAAGAAGUUGAGCAGAGCUAUGGAAGAAACCUGUAGAGAAGUACGCAGGAUUCUGGAUCAGCAAAACAUCAUUCAAGUUCAAAGCUUACAGCUACAGGAGAGAAUGAUGAAUCUACUGGAGAAAAUGAUUUCCAAAUCCAAUGUGUAGUUUCCUUUGUGAAUGCCUCUGAGAUUAUCAUUGAUAUUAUAGACAUCCCCUUACUGCACACCUUAUGUGUGUUUGUUGCCCUAUUCCCAGGUUUUCCAUGGAAACUAAAAUCUUAGUGUAUUCUUAGAUAAGCAAAGAGAACAGAUAAUGCAGGGUGAGAGCUAUCUGGCAUGAGAAAAAUAGUGCAAUAUAUGCCUAAACUGAAUUAUUUUUAUACAGAAAGAUUAAGGGAUGAAUAGCUCUGGGAAUUUCAAUACUGUUAUGCCUAGGUCAGAUAUUGUUUUACAAAGAUGUUAUGUAUUUCUUCACAUCAAGGACCAUACCCUGACCUGUUGUUGAAGAACAAAGUAAUGUGUUCUUAAACAUGCUAAUUGCAUCUUGACUUUGCUGAUGAUUAAGCCCUGGUUUGAAACAUACACAGUGAUUGUACAAGUGACCUAUGCAUGGUUCUUGUGGAGAGCUAUAGGGACCACAAGAUGUCAUUUUAAAUUCCAUGCCUGAUAUGAAUAGUACUCUAAUGUAUGAGAGUAAAAAUAGUCUAUUCAAAUACACUUUUCAUAAAGUACAAACAGAUCCUUACUAUAUACUGAAUACUAAAAUGUAUAGACGAUACUUGAAGUUGCUUUUGAUAUUAAAUGUUUAAUUUUUUUCAUUAUUAACUGGAAUCUGUUGACUUAAUGAGCGACCAGCAAUGAAAACUAUCAUUUCUUCUCUAUCACAAAAGAAAAAUAUUGUACUGUGUGUAUAUACAAAUAUAUAUCUAUCAAAUGAAAUAAAGGAAAAGAAGAAACAUACUUCUUGCUGG